UGGUAUGUGUGGGCAGAGCUCUUGUUUUGGGACACCUCUGCACUUAUUUUCACUGUCGUGUGAGUGCUAGGGAUACCUUAGCUUUGUUGUGGUCGUCGUGGACCACUUCAUGAACCCCCGGAAUUGGUCCCAAAGGUAGUAAAAAAACAAGCCGUUCAGCUGGACCGAAUCGGCGCCUUUUCAUCCGCCGCGCACAAGAGCAACCUGCCGUCGUAUUGCUGAGGGGAGCAGCAGGAGAAGGGAUGGACCACUCUCCAAUCUCAUUCGUGUGUGCCGUUGCGGUCACGGUUGGCUUGGUGGACGCUUGUUCAGUGGGAGCGGGCAGCAGGAGCAACCACAUCAUCGUCUCCGCCCCCACGUGGGUGUCUCCGCGGACGGCGGUGGUGCCACCAGCAGGAAGCCAAGGCGACGGCGCACUGCAUCAGCUAGUCUGGACCACCAGCACCACCAGCGCCCGAAGCGAUGGGUGCGAGGCUACGCCAAGUUCUCCACAGAGUGGUGGUGGGUUUUGUCGGGAAAACCCGCUCUGGACCAAACAUGAGUCCGCCGUGUGGGUUAGGGGCGGGGCAAGCGACGGCGGCGGCGCCAACGGCGGGGGCGCUGAUCCAAGCGGCAAGCAGGCGGUCAAGCCAGGGUCGCCAUCAAAGGUUGCCGCGGAGAAGAGCGGGCCCGCACGGGGUGGGGGUGGAGGCGGGGGCGUGUGGGGCAGCGUCGCGAGAGCAUGGAGGGCGGUCCGUGGGGGGCGGCCGCACAACAACGGCAGCAACAACGGGGCAUCCUCGGCUGCAGCAGACCCCAAGGCUAGUAGCUGCGGCGGGUCCCAAAAUUUAAAGGUCGGGGGCGGGGCUGCAACUUCUCGCGAUGCAGGGGGGGAAACAGGUUCGAGCGGGGCAUCGCCAUCAGGGUCCGGUUCAGGUGCGACGACGAGGUCAGGCAAGGCUAGCAGCAGUCGGAGAACGAAGAGGAAUAGCAGCAAGAAGCGCUCGUUCCCCGGAGAAAGAACCGGCGGGGAGAAGCAGCAGCAGCGCGCACCGUAUUCGACAUCUAAUAGAAGAAACGUCUACGGCGCGGCUGCGACCGCCUCGCCCCACUGGCAACCACAGCCGCAGCGAAAGCCGGGAAGCUUUGUGGUCUAUUCUGCAGAGCGGGAACGCAGGGAGGUGGAGGUCAGGGACGCGCUCGUCCGGGCAGAGGGGGAGGUGGGCGAGGAGCAUCCGAGAGUUGCCACGCUCCUGUUUCUCCUGUCACGUAUAGUGCAGGAGAGGGGAGACUACACCGAGGCCGAGGAACUCUGUACCAGGGCGCUGAACAUUUACGAGGCGGCGUUGGGCCCAGAACACCCGGAUGUCGGUGUGGCUUUGAACUGCCUCGCAAUGUCGUGGCAGGCUCAGGGGAAGCUUAUGGAGGCCGAGCCGCUGCACAAGAGGGCGCUCGAUAUCGCGCGAAGCACCACCGGCCCCGGCCACCCCACGGCCGCCUACUCGCUUCACGGACUAGCAGUCUUGGCACAAGCCCGAGGGAGGUUCGAUGAGGCGGAAACGCUGUUCCGAGAAGCCCUGGGGAUCAACGAGCGGGCCCACGGUAAUCGCCACCCGGAGGUGGCCUCCUGCCUCAACAGCCUCGCUGCCCUUUUGCAGGCUCGAGGAAGCUACGACGAAGCAGAAAUCCUCUUCACGAGAGCGCUGGAAGUGGACGAGGCGUGUUUUGGGUUGGAGCACCCCCGGGUAGCGGCGGGUUUGCACAACCUGGCGGCGUUGUUGCAGGCACAAGGGAAGCACGAGGAGGCUGACAGGCUACAGAGUCGAGCGCUAAAGACAUGGGAGAGGGAGUACGGCCCGGAACACCCCAAGCUUGCGGCGUUUCUGAACAACCAGGCAACGCUCCGCUUGGCACAGGGUAAGCCCGACGAAGCGGAGAAGCUGGGGCUGCGCGCCCUGUACAUCGUGGAGAAGGCGUACGGACCGGUGCACCCUGAGAUCGCGACGUGCCUCAACAACCUCAGCGCCUUGCUACAUGCGAGAAGGCGAGAUGACGAGGCUGAGCCACUAUGCCGCAGAGCGCUCCAGAUCUCGGAACAGAUCUACGGCUCAAACCACCCCAAGAUCGCUACCUGCCUUAACAACCUGGCUACUCAGGUGCAGGCAAGAGGGGAGUUCGAGGAAGCGGAGGAGAUGUUCACAAGGGCUUUGGACAUCGGCAGGCAGAUGUACGGCCCGUCCCACCCCAACGUGGCUACAGGUCUCUCGAAUCUCGCUGGGCUCUUGAGAUGUCAGGGCAAGCUGGACGAGGCCGAGCCGCUGUAUCGGAAGGCGGUGGAAAUCGGCGAGACCGUUCUGGGACCUGACCACCCCGACCUGGCCACUUGGCUCAAUAACCUGGCUACGCUAGUGAGGGAUAGGGGAGACCCGGAUGCCGCUGAGCCUUUGCAAAGGAGAGCGCUCGCCAUAGGGGAGAAAGUGCUGGGACCGGCUCACCCGGACUUGGGGGCGCAGGUUAUCAACCUGGCCUCACUGCUGAGCGCACAAGGGAAAACCGAGGAGGCGGAGGGACUGUUCAUUAGGGGUCUGGCUACGCUGGAGGCGGCUCACGGUCCCGAGCAUCCCGACGUCGCGGCCGUGCUGAGCCACUACGCAUCGAUGCUACAUCAAGAGGGGCGAGACGCGGAGGCGAAGGAGCUCAUCAAACGGGCGCUAGCGACCGUGGAGAGAUUCUUCGGCCCUUCACACCCCAUCGCCGUGCAAUUGCGAGCGAUCCUCGAACCGGGAGGAUGGGGCGCGGAUUGAACGACGGAGACCGAUGGCGUUCUAUCGUCCCGUCCCUACGGGGUGCUGCGUGGCGCGUACAUUUCACGGGACGCGUCGCUAGAGGUUUUCCGGCCGUUCGCACCCAGCAGAAUAUCGUGCAGACGACCUGGGACUUAUCACGUAAAGUGGAAGGCGCGAUGAUAGUUGCCGGUCACCGGGGCGCGCCUUUGCGGCAUCAAGUGUGCUACGAUCUGCGACAAUUUCGUGGUUUAGGGUUGAUACGUCGGAAAUAUUAUGUUUAGGGAGCCCUGAACUGGAUUUGAUCCUUGUUUUUCUUGUCUAGAGGGGUGCGUGUUGUCCUGUGAUCGAUAGAUGAUCACUAGGGUUGAGCCACGCCCGUUUGAUAUUGUUUGGUAGAGGAGGGAGCAACGUUGCUUGCGACUCCGGAGGAGUAUCGAUACGCCCAACGAUGAUGUUGGGACAUUCACAAGACGAGGUGUACAUACCUUGGGUAGCAAACUCCUGUGGCAGUUGAAUAGGCGAUCGCCCCGUCACCCCCUUGCCCCUUCAGACGAAAAAGUCUCAGAUUAGAGUUGAGACCUCCUUUGACUCGUUCCACUCUGCUAUCCAACAAAGCGUAGCGUCUUUUGGCCGUGAGAAGUGUUGUUCGACAGCUUCAACCUUCCCGACGUAUGAAUAUCAAUGAAUUAGUUCCUCGAGUUGGGUGUGUGCCAUGCCUUUGUUGGGUAGGGUUUGUGGGUAGCAUUCGUUGGGGGAAUAUACCUUGCGUGCAGCAACUGCAGCUUGCUUGAUGAAGCCUUUUUUGCAAUCCCUUUGUGGGUUUGUUUGAAGCGAUGGUCGACACGUGAGGGCCGGACAUGACGUCAACAUUGGACGUGCUCACUCUGCCACAACCAAGCACCUUCUUGCGCAAGUUUCCGCUUGCGCUACUGUCCCAGGUGACCGCCUUCGACGUACAUGUAGUUUGUCGGCGUGCGAACAACCGCCUGAAACGC